GCCCUGCCCUUGCUGCCGGCCGGCGAGCGUCUACGGCUCCUCGGUUCCAGGGCGCAUCUCCGGGCCGGGCCCCACAGCCCGCUUCGGCGCCGGCUCACUGCGCCCACCCGACGAGCGCCGGAGGACUUCGCAGCCCUGUGCCCAGACGCACCCUUAGGUUUAACCCGGCCGCUCCGCUCGGAUUCCUCGGCUGCCCUCGCUCGGGUGGCGACGGCACCCUCGUUGUACCCCACCCCCCCUCGCCAUGAAGAAGUCCAUUGGAAUAUUAAGCCCAGGCGUUGCUUUGGGGACUGCUGGAAGUGCAAUGUCUUCCAAGUUCUUCGUAAUGGCUUUGGCCGUAUUUUUUUCCUUCGCCCAGGUUGUAAUAGAAGCCAAUUCUUGGUGGUCCCUAGGUAUGAAUAACCCUGUUCAGAUGUCAGAAGUAUACAUCAUAGGAGCGCAGCCUCUCUGCAGCCAACUGGCGGGACUUUCUCAAGGACAGAAGAAACUGUGCCACUUGUAUCAGGACCACAUGCAGUACAUCGGAGAAGGCGCAAAGACGGGCAUCAAAGAAUGCCAGUAUCAGUUCCGACACCGAAGGUGGAACUGCAGCACUGUGGAUAACACGUCCGUCUUCGGCAGAGUGAUGCAGAUAGGCAGCCGCGAGACGGCCUUCACGUAUGCAGUGAGCGCCGCAGGAGUGGUGAACGCCAUGAGCCGGGCGUGCCGAGAGGGCGAGCUGUCCACCUGCGGCUGCAGCCGGGCGGCGCGCCCCAAGGACCUGCCGCGGGACUGGCUCUGGGGCGGCUGCGGGGACAACAUCGACUACGGCUAUCGCUUCGCCAAGGAGUUCGUGGACGCACGCGAGCGGGAGCGCAUCCACGCCAAGGGCUCCUACGAGAGCGCGCGCAUCCUCAUGAACCUGCACAACAACGAGGCCGGCCGCAGGACGGUGUACAACCUGGCCGAUGUGGCCUGCAAGUGCCAUGGAGUAUCCGGCUCGUGUAGCCUCAAGACGUGCUGGCUGCAGCUGGCGGACUUCCGCAAGGUGGGUGACGCGCUCAAGGAGAAAUACGACAGCGCGGCCGCCAUGCGGCUCAACAGCCGGGGCAAGCUGGUGCAGGUCAACAGCCGCUUCAACUCGCCCACCACGCAGGACCUGGUCUACAUUGACCCCAGCCCCGACUACUGUGUGCGCAACGAGAGCACGGGCUCGCUGGGCACCCAGGGCCGCCUGUGCAACAAGACGUCCGAGGGCAUGGACGGCUGUGAGCUCAUGUGCUGUGGCCGGGGCUACGACCAGUUCAAGACGGUACAGACAGAGCGCUGCCACUGCAAGUUCCACUGGUGCUGCUACGUCAAGUGCAAGAAGUGCACGGAGAUCGUGGACCAGUUCGUGUGCAAGUAGUGGGUGCCCGCCCAUCACCCAACCCCACUCCCAGGACCCACUUAUUUAUAGAAAGUACAGUGAUUCUGUUUUGUGUUGUUUAAAUAUUUUUUAUUUUCCCCCAAGAAUUACAACCGGAACCAUAUUUUUUUUCCUGUUCCAUCUAAGAACUCUGUGGUUUGUUAUUAAUAUAAUUAUUAUUUGGCAAUAAUGGUGGGGUGGGAACCAAGAAAAAUAUUUAUUUUGUGGAUCUUUGGAAAGGUGAUCCAAGACUUCUGUGGGUAGUGGAGGAGGAGGAGUUCUCACGUCUCCUAACUCAGCUGUGUGGGCCGAGUACGCAUCCAGCAGGCCAAAGAAAUACCUUGUCUUUUCCUCAAGUACAGGGUCCCAUGGGGUUGGUAGAUCCGUUGGAUCAGGUAAGAAUCAAUGCACAGAUCAGCAUCUCUAACCAAAAUGAAGUGCACAUGCUCUGGGGCAAGAUAAAAGGCUGGGAGGGGAUGAAGGCGCGGAGGGAGACUCACCUGCUGCCAGCCUGUGUUUGACAUUUUCAAACUGAUCCUUUACCAUGUCAGAAUCUCAUUCUCAAAGCAACAAGCACUAUCUGUGUGUCACUCUUCUCAAGUGUUCCACCAUCGACUUUAAUUCUGAUGGCUUGUGGAAGUCGGGGAGCAGGGAGGGAACUUGCCAGAAACUGGAAGAAAAAACAGCACAGCACAGGAAAACUAUUUUAAGACAAAUCCUAUCAGCUGGUAUGAGAAUUUGGCUUUCAGAUUGGGAAAGGACACCCCAGGUGACUUUGUGGUUGAGGAAGGCAUACUGGUUUCAAUAGAAAGGGAAAUAGCUUACCAUUUUCUUAGGGAUGCUUGGAUAAAAAAAAACAAAAAAACAAAAAACAGCAAAAGUCACACAUGAAUUCCGUUCAGAUGUCAGUAGCCCAGCCCCGCACUAGAGCUAAAGGCCCGCUAGAGGAGAAGCGAGACACCCACCUUCCUCCUUGACCUGGGGCCCUCGCUCAUUCCUCUGGCCGUGAUGUGGUACUGGCCACGCUUCCAGACGGCAGCUCCGCUGGGUCCCCCUUGAUUCUAGGAUGGGAAAUGAAACAUUAGGGGCUCCACUUGGCAAACAGUUCACCACUUAGGGAUGAGGUGUUUUUUUUUUUUUUUUUGUUUUGUUUUUCCCUGAAAAUUUUGAGAAGCAGCCGUUUCUUCUGUUUUAAUGACAUUCCUUGGCUGCUGGAGCUCACAGAGGUGUCUCAGCGUGUCACUGUUCCGAUCCUGUGUUUAGACUAUCCACUCGAGCUUUUCCUAUUAUACUGCAGGGGUACCUGAAAACUGUUCCUUGUGUACUUGAACAGUUGCAUUUACAAGGGGGGAAAUGUGGUUUAAUGGUGCCUGAUAUCUCAAAGCCUUUUGUACAUAGCAUAUAUAUAUAUAUAUACAUAUAUAAAUAUAAAUAUAAAUAUAUCUCAGUGCAGCCAGUGGUUUAGAUUUACAGUUUACUCUGGGGUAAUUUCUGUCUUGAACAUUGUUGUCCUUCACUGCAAUCCAAUCGGGAUUUUUCCAAAAUUUUUUUUUUUUUUUUGACUGUUGACCUUGGGCGAGGUCCCCUUCAGCGCCUCAAAGCAACCUUGCUCUGGAGGCAGCGUGGGGCUCUGACUCCACAAAGCCGGUCGGUAUGGAGAUGUCUGGGAUCUGUCCCACCCCACGCCUUACCCUUGAACCUGUUUCUGUGCACCUUGUAGAGAGGGCAUUAUGUGUCGUGGACAUGGACACCAAGAGAUACUCAAAAUUCAGAACAGCCUCAGCAUCUUCCUUCUGCAGAGUGGAAGCCCUUACCCACUGGAUUCGGUAGUACCUGGUAGUACUUAUUUGAGUCCCUAAGGGAAAUCCAACUCAAGACAUUCAUAGCUAGUUUUAAAUGUUUUUUUUUAAACAAGGACAUCCUCCCCCCACCCCCACCCCCCAAAAAAAGUCCCAUCAACCAUAUUAUCUCACAACUUUCCACGUCUUAAAAGUUUGGGAAGAUAAUGCAUCUCCCGUCAUCCUCCUAGGCUUGGUGGCCAUCAUGUCACACCUUAGCCAGCUGUAGCUCUUAAUUUAUUGCACAAGGAUAUUCACAUCCCCUCUGUUGCAGUGAAUUGCAAGCAAAAGAUCUUGACAUUGAAAAGCACUAAUUAGUUUAAAAUGUCACUUUGUUGGUUUUUAUUAUACAAAAACCAUAAAGGACUUUAUUUGCUGAAUCAGAUUUUGUUCCUUUUUAGUGAUUCAUCUUUAUGAACAGAGUUGAGUUUAACAAUCCUAGCUUUUAAAAGAAACUAUUUAAUGUAAAAUAUUCUACGUGUCAUUCAGAUAUUAUGUAUAUCUUCUAUGGCCUUUAUUCUGUACUUUUAAUGUACAUAUUUCCGUCUUGCGUGAUUGUAUAUUUCACUGGUUUAAAAAACAAACAUCGAAAGGCUUAUGGCAAAUGGAAGAUAGAAUAUAAAAUAAAAUGUUACUUGUAUAUUGGUCAGUGGUUUCAGUUGUCCUUCAGAUAAUUUAUGUAGAGCUUUCUGAAGAAUCCAUGAGGGAUAGUUGAGGACUACUCCAUGUCAAAAUGAUACAAGAUUGGAGAAUUUCACCAGAACCAAGCUAUUUGGAAGCUUCAAAAGAUUUCUAUGUGUAACAGACAAAAGGGGAAUUCUCCUUUCCUAUGUAUGUUUCUCAAAAAAAAAAAAAAAUCUAGCAGAUGGCUUAAAGCUGGUUGUAGGAUCGCUCACAUUCUUCUAACAUUAUGCGUGUAACUUAAUUGUUUUAGAGUGUGUUGCUCUUUUUACAGCCCAGAGAAGAACCCAAAAGGCACAUGCUUUUACCCAUGACCAGAUUUUUAGUCCAAAAAAAAACCCCAAACAAUGUACAAGUAUCUUUUGUGUUUACCACUGCAACUAUUGCACCUCUGUUUGAAUUUACUCAGGCCCGUGUGCCCCCCUUUGAAAGCGGUUUCUAUGGAAAACAAGCCUCCGUCUGCAGAGAACAAAAACUCAUUGGGAACUGAAGGUUCGUUGUGUGAAGUGCAAUUAAUAUGAGCUCUUGUGCUUGAUGAACAUGUGCACUGAAAUCUGCCAGUGCUACCCCAGAUUGAUACGCUAGCCCUUCACUUUUUUUUUUUUCCUUUUCCCUUUCCGGAUAACCUUGUAACAUGUUGAAGCCUUCGAAGGAUGCCAAGAAUGCAUUAUUCCACAAAAAACCAGGAGACCAACAUACAGAGUGUUUAAAAUAGCAUUUCUGGGCAAAUUCAAACGCUUGUGGUUCUAGGACUCACAUCUGGUUCAGUUUUUCCUCAGUUGUAUAUUGACCAGUGUUCUUUAUUGCAAAAAUAUAUACUCAAUUUAGCAGUGUCAGCAUAUUUUUUCUUCUCAUCCUGGAGUGCAUUUACCAUCUUCCCAAUACAGGAAAAUUAACAACCACAACAACACAAAAAUGUUACAUACAGGCAGCAACAAACAGAGCCACGUUCAAGAUCGUCCCUACGGGCUUCUGUCAAAGGAAGAUGUUUGGAGUUUCAAUCCAGUCUGUUCAGUUCCACGAGCUACUGACCUCCCGAGACUGGCACUAAGUGUUAGCAGCCUCUCCGGACUCUUAGAUGAUUUUGCCAAUACCAAUUUUCAGUUUAACACUACUCAAGUCACUGAAAUGAUCAAAUACGAUGCUAUAGCAGAGUAAGUACUCCAAAUCAAAGAUCAGUACCAGCUGACUCUAAGAAAUCAUCAGCAAAAACAACCCCCAAAGACAAAGUGGCCCAUCCUAUGAAUAGAGGCAGGUAGAAAAGGUACUUACAACUUGAAGUAUAUAUUUAAUGCAAACGAGCACCAGGGCACAGGUCUAAAAUACUGCAAUAUCACUGUAAAGUAGACUUUUAAAGUAUUUAUUUUUUUAAGAAAUUAUUUUCUAGUCUCCUCUCUAUGGAGUGGGGGAAAGGAGAGGAUAUGUUUGCAAAGAUGAAAUAAAUGUUUCAUCUGGGAAACAUCUAGAGGCAUGAAAUAAAACUCAAAAAAAAAAAAAAAAA